AUGCAGAAAUCAUCGAAACCGAAUAACACACCCCAUCCGACACGGCGGAGCGUAGCCAAUGGAGGUGAGAUUAGCCCCCCAGGGAAUUCACCGCUCAAGCCACAAUUACUCACAACUCCGGUCGAGGAUGGUCUGGAUGUCAGGGCAAAGAACGGUUCCCGCGUUGCUGUCACUGCCAAAUGGGAGAUGCACCACCACGGCUCACGCCACCACUCAGAGGCACGGCAGCAUAAUCCCUCAGCAACCUGGAGGGACGUGCAGACUCGCACGUAUUUGUCCGAAAGCCCUUUGCCUGUCGAGGUAGUGCCUCCAAAGCGGUCAUUGAUGUGUGCUCAAUCAGACGGUUACAGUCGACCAUCGGUGGAACCGUUACGUGAACGCAGCUUCAACGGAUGCCGGAGCAUGCCGAGCGAUUCGUUGCCCCACAAAGGCACCGACCAGCAAACCCACCCGCCUCCAUUGACAAAACGGGAGUCCUCCACCACGAUGGAGGAGGAGGAGGAAGAGGUAGAAGAAAAGAGCAGGUCCCCCGAUCCACCUUCACACACGAAAAGAAGCAGACCGCGGGAAAGAAGAACGGCUCAGCAUAUGAAGAUGCAUUUGUGCAACGACAACAAACCGAUUUUGUGUGAGUGUCACAGGGUGAGCACCGUGUCUGAGGAGGAGAUAGCGAAUUCACCGGCACACAGCAGCCAAAGGAAUAUGAGGAAUAACAAGAGGCAACCUCAUAUGGUGAAAAGUGGUUGCGAUGCGAUGGAGCCACCACUGUUGUUAUGUACGGAGCCGGAGUGCCAGAUUCUGCAAGGCCAAGAAGAACCUCACGCUUCUCCAAUGGAAGGCGCUUGUACAAAAAAAAAAGACGUGUCAGCAAUGCCACCGCUGCCGCGUGAUAAUGUUUUUUUGGACUCUCCAGCUGAACCCUCAGCGCCAUGUGAACCUACUUCUCCAGGAGAAAACAAAAAAACUGAGUCCAAAGGGUGGAAUAAUCAGCAAAAACAGGCUGCCACACUUCCCUGUAUUGACAGCCUACAACGACUCUGGCAGGUCGGCGGUUGUGACACUUCAUCUUCAAUUAAUACUCCAUUGGAUCGCCACCGCCAAUGCACCUGCAGAUUCACACCAGAGGUGAGCCCUGCACUUUGUCGUCUUGUAGAUGAACGUGUCGUUGCAUCUCUCGCACAGAACAUUGAGAAGAUGAUGCAGUAUCGGCGGGCACAGCUGCAUUGUCUGGCAAAAUAUCUCACUGAAGCCAUCAGUCAAGUAGCAUGGAGUAAGGGUGUAAGGUAUGGUGAUAUACGUUUUUUCGUAUUUGGAAGUGUUGCGACGUGCACCGUGUUACCAGACGGCGACAACGACAUGACGAUUGAUGUCUGUGGACUUCUGAAUCCCACCAAGGUCCCAGGACAAGUAGACUCCACCGCUGAAUCCGGUGAUCGUGCAACAGCAAGCAGCUGCAGUAGUAGUUCUAGUGCUAUUUCGUCAUCUCAGGCCGCAACUGUCGCGUGUUGUGAGCUUCUUUCGAGUGUAUCAGAGUACCUUAGGCAGCACAACACAUCUGUCUACGUUGACGCACUCGUACUAGCCGAGGUGCAGGUUUUGAAGUUGGUUAUGGAGGGGAGUAGCUAUGAUAUUACAGUGAGUCAAUUGGGUGGCGUUGACUGUGUUCGCUUCUUGCAUGAGAUGGAUAUGAUGAUUGGGUGUCGGCAUCUUCUUAAGCGCACCCUGUUGCUACUGAAGGCAUGGUGCUGCUACGAGGCUCACGUACUCAGCGGGCAGGGCGGAUACAUAUCUUCCUACGCAGCGUCCGUCAUGCUUAUUGCAAUGAUGAACACUGUGGAGUUUCUCGAGGAUGUUGAACUAGAGAAUAUGAAUGAUAAAGAGAAAGAAGGGCAAAAGAAUCAGGAUACUGAGGGUGAACAACUUGAGUGGCACCAACGAGGCACUAUCAAGGAGAUCUCACCACUCCAACUUCUCGCGCGGUUUCUAAAGUUUUUCGCUUACUUUGACUUUGAACAUUACUGUGUGACAGUGUUCGGCCCUUUGCCGUGUACAAGCAUCAACGGCACCUCACUGGACCUCAGCCACCUGGAGGUCCCAGCGGCCCGCAAAGAAAAACUCAAUAAAGUACCGGAAACGUCGGAUGUGAACCAAAAGAAUGAUCUUGAGCUGAUGGUUGACGUGAAUGUAUUGGGUCUCACUAAAGAGGGGCAGGCGGCGCUUGGGCAUUGCAUCCGGCGUCGCGCCAAACCACUGGUGACGGUCAGUGGAGUGAAGCACAUGCUGCAGGAGGAGUACGUGCGGCGUCAACGCGGGCGCGAGGGCCAGGAUGAGUUGAAUCCCCAGGCUGAUAGGGCGUCCCUAUGUGGAAAUGCCUCGGAGGCAGAACGGUUGCGCAUUAACCGACGUGGGUGUGUAGAGGAAGACGAGAAUUUGUUGUGCACCACGUGUAACACCAGCAGUUUCCCUCUCCGUACGAUGAACGUCAUGGACCCGUUGCGAUGGAGUGCCAGUGUUUGCCGUGGGGUGUGUCGCAACCAUCUACAGCGCAUUCGUCGUGCCUUCAAAGAAGGGCUCACCUUGUUUGAGAUGGCCUCUGCAAAGCUCAGCGACGUAUCGCCUCCCUCCCUAUCUCCCGUGAGCAGUGGGCGCAGUGAUGUCGGUUUUGAUAGUUCGGCGAGCACAUAUCAAACCGGUGAAAGCGCCACAGAUUCUGUAGACGUGGUGGCAAUGGGAAGCAGUUGCCUCGACCCAAUCAAAGAAAGUAUUCUACUGGACCUUUUUGGGCAGACGUUGGCUAUGCUACAAAAACAUUUCCCAAAGUAUGCUUGGUCAAAUCCCCAUGCUCAACAAAUGCAGUGUCAGCAGUGCACGCGACCCUCAGUCUUUUGUGUACCGGACGCGCGGCAAGUGUGUGGGGCGCAGUUUGUAUUUGAACGACAGGACGACGCUGUCAGCUGCAGGGAUGAUCGUGAUGACGGACGAUCACGAGAGCCUCCCCUCUUUGAAGGCGCAUGCAAUUCAUCCCUUGCAGCUGCAUCCAUGCAACAACAACAACGUCAAAUCAAUCCAUUGGCAUGUGCAUCCUCCCUGGCACCUCCCCCACUACUUGUGUCGACUCCUUCCACUUCCACCCACCCCGAUUCACCGGCACAAGCCGCGAAUGGUGUGAUAAGUGGGAGUUGGUCAGUGCCUGGGACUCAUGUCAACGGCGAUCCCUCCUUAACUUCAGUCAGCAUACGGCACCACCUCGCGCGUGGGGCGCCGCUGGUGAGGACCUGCAUCAAGGGGACAGGGACGCUGGUAGGGCAACGCGCCCCCGCUGCCACUGCCAACGCUCUCACGGCCACCGGUGGCUUACUAUACUCUACUGAGCCAGUUUCCAUUUCGUAUUAUCCAGGCCGCUCAACCACGGUAACAAGGGUGGCAAAAUGCAAACCAUCCGUAAAGCAAGCAGGGAUGGAAAAGGCACCGAUGAACUUUGCACCGUCUUCAACGUCAACAGAUACAAUAUUGCCGUGUUCCGCGGCACCCCAGCGGUAUCGAGGCAAUUGA